AAGUUUGCGGGAAACAAUCUUGCCAGUCUCGAUGGAAACGAGAAUGGAAUCUAUCCCAUCUACUCGUCAAAUCCAAAUUCAGAGACGGCAUGGUCGAAGGCUCUUAGUGCUGCUGAGGUCUCUUCGGACAAUGACUUGAGUCAUACUAUCUUCUUCACAUCGAAGACUUUCCCUAUAGGGGAGCGUUACCCAAACUUUGCGGACUUCACCGACGUUCGAGGCUUGCUUGCCGGUGUCAGGGUCGAAUCGAUGGACAGAGACAUUAACAAGAGCAUCCUGAAGAUCACGGAGGCGAUCUAUGACAUUGCCAGAAUGCAUCCUGGAUGGAUGACCAUCACCGAUCGUGGCGACACUUCAGACGACAUUAAAGUCCUGAAAAAAAAGGAUGAUUGGGUUGACAAUUGGCUGUCAAUGCUUCAAUGGGUGUGGUCCAAGCGGAUAGAUGACGAAGGCAACGACCCCCGCAGAGUCAUCUUGAUCAUGACCUACAGGUCAUGGGCGAGGAAGACUCUGAUGACCAAAGAAGAGAAUGACAAAGUAACAUACUCUUCGUCCUUCGCCUCGCAAAGCCGUGGCUUUGAGGUCUUGAUCUGCGAUGAGGCUCAUCGUCUCAAGGAGCGAUCAACGGUAUCGUUCAAGGCCGUGUCUCUGAUCGCAGCGAGCAGAGUUCUGGUCCUCACCGCCACGCCUUGUCUAAAUGACCCCAAGGAUUAUCUGGCACUUGCCGAAAUCGUUUGGACUUGCCGGCACCAAAUCCUCGACCAAGAGGAGCGAGACUUCCUUCUCGAGUCGGAGACGAAGGGGUAUGGACAGUUCGCCAAUACCGUCAAGUCCUCCUGUCAAGAUGAGAACACUCACCGAACUCUGCGAAGUCUCGCUCCGAAGCCCGAGAUAGUGAAGGCUCCGAUUCACAACUCGACCGAGAAGCAGAGCUGGGAGGCUGGGUUCCAUCAUUUCAGCUCAGUUGCUAUCCUGCGCCGAUCAGCUAGCUCCGCAAUCUUCCGAAUGAAAGGCAAAGAACAUCCCGUCAGCUUGACAUCCGUUUUGCCUUGA